GGACGGCUCAGGCGGCUUUGGUUCAGUGCAGCAGCAGAUUCUGCUGAAAUAAGCUGGUCAGAUGGAUGCAGUGAGAUUCAGCCUUUUACUGCUUCUGCCAUGUUUUGGCUGCCAUCUGGACUCUGAAGAAACUCUUGUGAAAACAAUCUGGAAAGAAUCUGAAUUCACUCCAAUCUGCACCAACGAAACAUCAAAUAUCAUCAUAUUGAUUGUGUGUAGAAUCAGAACAGAGAGGAACAAAGGAGAGCAGUGCAGUCUGCUAUAUAAGGACGGAGGUGACUUUGUUCAUGAGUGUGACUCCAGGUUUUCACUGAAAACCAGGAAUCAAACUGUGUUUCUGCACCUGACCAGUUUAACAGCAGCUGAUAGUGGGAACUAUUUCUGUGAGUGUUCAAAUCUUGAUGGAACAUUUAUUUUCCAUCUCAGCAUCACAGUUAAUGACUCAAAUCCCGAUGAGAAUCUAUCAGAUGGAGUUUGGAGCCAGUCUGUAGGAGUGACUCUUCCUUCUGCUUUGACUGCUGCAGUUUUAUUAGUUGUCAUAGUUUCAGUUAUUCUGGGAUUUAUUUACAGAAGACAUCAACAUCGCUCCUGUUUAAGAUCUGAAACACCUGGAUCACCUGUGCAUAGAUCUGCUGCAGCCAUAGAUGAAGAAAACACAGAUGAACUGUACACAGGUCUCCAGCAGCCAACAGCAGACAUCUACCAGACUGUUUCUUCAGGUCACCAUCAGCAAGAAACUAAAACAAACAACAUCGUAACCGAUGACCUUGAAAAUCUGGAGAGGAACAGGAUUUGUAAAAUCUAUGAAAAUCUUUGAACCAAUAAUCUGUUGAGAUGAAUAAAGUCUGAUUGGUUGAAUUUUCUUUCUAUGUUUUACUGAGCAAAACUGAUUGUGACGCUAUUUCAGUUCUUUGGUGAUCAACUGCUACGUUGGUUUGUGUGGACAGAAUCUUCUAACUGAAGGAUGACAGCUGAUUUUCACCCAGUAACAAAUCCCUUUUUUAAAUGUAUAUUAAAGAACGAGCUGACCUUUGAACUCGUCUCUUCAUCAAUUUUGUUUUUGUUACCUUCACAUUUUUAGUAACUGGCGGUUUUAUUGACCACAAUAUUUCUGGCAGGAUGUGUGGCUCACUGGAAAAAGUAACUGCAACAAACUUCAGUGUGAGGUUAAGAAUGUGUUAACUACUUACAUUAAGUGAGAUCAGUCUCUUGCAGCUGCUGAUGCAUAUCUGAUGCAUUUUUCUGUCUGGUUGCGAACAUGUUUGUGAAAGUGAAAGUGUUGCACUAAGAAACGAAAAGGGACCAAACCUACAUCAACCUGUACCAGGACGCUUUCUUCUCUUACUGCUCACAGUCAAGCCUCAAAAUAUGUGAAGACAACAAAGCAAACAUGACAUUUAGAUUUUAUCUAGUCUUAUUAAGCCCCUACAGUUACAGGAAACGAGGCAGGAAGUCCUGCCUACCAGAACGUGCAUGGUUAGGUUUGCAUCUAGAUGUGUCAUUGUCUGAUAUAAGGGGCUACAGUAAAGAAAAGUACCUUUUUCUGCUGGGUAAU